AGGAAUACAUCACUUCCAUCCCUUCGUGAUUUCAUUGAUUUCUCUCUUCUAUUUAAAGGUGUUUUGUAUUUUACAAAUUCUCAUCUUGUGACAACUUUCAUCACUACAAAAUGAAGAAAAUUUUCAUACUUUUCCUCUCUUUGGCUUUAGUUUUCACUCUCGGAAUAUGCUUCGAUUUUCACGAGAAAGAACUCGAGACGGAGGAGAGGCUUUUGGAUUUGUACGAGAGGUGGCGGAGCUACCACACCGUUUCAACGAAUUUAGAUGAAAAGCAUAGACGUUUCAAUGUGUUCAAGGCCAAUGCUCGUUAUGUUCAUAAUUUCAACAAGCAAGAUAAGCCUUAUAAGUUGAAACUCAACAAGUUUGCAGACAUGACUAGCCAUGAAUUCAGAAGUGUUUAUGCUGGAUCUAAGAUUAAGCAUCAUCGAAUGCUCCGAGGUUCACAAGGAAAUGGAACUUUCAUGUACGCGAAUGUAGAGAGUGUUCCACCUUCUGUUGAUUGGAGGAAGAAAGGCGCUGUCACUGAUAUCAAGGAUCAAGGCCAAUGUGGUAGUUGCUGGGCAUUUUCAACAGUGGUGGCAGUUGAAGGAAUAAACCAGAUUAGGACAAACAACCUAGUUUCGUUGUCUGAACAAGAACUUGUUGAUUGUGACAAUACUGAAAAUCAAGGUUGUAAUGGAGGGCUUAUGGAUUCAGCAUUUGACUUCAUCAAGAAAAAUGGAGGCAUUACAACUGAGAAAAACUAUCCUUACACGGCUAAAGAUGGAAGGUGCAAUUAUAAAAAGGAAAAUUCUGCGGCCGUGACAAUUGAUGGGCAUGAAGAUGUGCCUGCGAACGAUGAAGAUGCACUAUUGAAAGCUGUAGCGAAUCAACCCGUAUCAGUUGCCAUUGACGCCGGAGGUUCUGAUUUCCAGUUCUACUCCGAGGGGGUGUUUGAAGGCGACUGUGGGACAGAGCUGGAUCACGGGGUGGCGAUUGUGGGAUAUGGAACAACACUUGAUGGAACAAAAUAUUGGAUUGUGAAGAAUUCAUGGGGUCCUGAAUGGGGAGAAAAGGGUUACAUUAGAAUGGAACGUGGCGUGAAAGCUAAAGAAGGACUGUGUGGUAUAGCAAUAGAACCAUCUUAUCCAAUUAAAUAUUCCAAAAAUAAUCACAUUCGACAUGAAAAAUCCACCCCCAAAGAUGAACUCUGAUAGACCACAUUCAAUUUGGAAUUGGGAUUUGGUACUAUUAAAUUCCAAUUCUCGAUUUGAGUUAGAUAUUCGUAAUAAUAUGAUAGUGUGAAAUAAUAUUGUUGAUUCUUCAGUAAUUUUGUCAAAUUCUUGAUAUUAAUAUUUUAGAAUAGCAAGCUCAAAAUUCUUAGUA